AUGGAUGCAACACAAAAUGAUGACCAAACAGGUAAGAAUAAUAAUGAUAAAGAUAAUAGUACUAGUAUAAAUUCAAUUCAAAGUUUACCCAAAGAAGAUUCAACAAAUAGUAGGGAAUUAGAGUUAUUUAGUAAUGACUCGAUCAACAGUAGCCCAUAUUAUGAAGAUGAAAGUAGUUGCACAAAUAGCUAUAGAGACAGUUCCCUGUACAAUGAAGAAGAUGGUGUUUAUGUAGAAGAGUACAAUGAUAAUGUUUAUAAUGAAAAUAGUGAUGGAAAUGUAGAUGAAUGUAAUAUCCAAAAAACAUCUAAUGCUUCAGGUAAAAUUUUUGUUGGUGGUCUAUUAAAAACAACUUCGAAUGAAUCAUUAAGAGAUUAUUUUUCAGAAUUCGGCGUUGUUAAAGAAUCAAUUGUUAUUAAAGCCACGGAAAAAUCAAACAAAAGUAGGGGAUUUGGUUUUGUUACUUUUGCUGAUCCAACAGUUAUCGAUUCAAUUUUUUAUUUAGAACAUCUUAUAGAAGGUAAAAGAGUUGAAAUCAGAAAAGCAAUCCCAAAAGAAGAUAUGAUUGAAGAGCCAAAGAAACAAAAGCUUUUUGUUGGUGGAUUACCCAAACAUACAACACCUGAUGAUUUUAAAAGCUAUUUUUCAGACUAUGGAGAAGUAUUAGAAUACAAUUUAUUAACUGAAAAGAAUGGAUCGGUCAAAGGAUUUGGUUUUGUUUGUUUUAAAGAUGAGAAUAUUAAUGAAACUGUUCUAAAUGAAACCCAUUUCAUUUUAGGGAAAAGAGUAGAUGUUAGAAUUGCUGAUAGCCAAAACAAAAGAAUUGCCCAACAAGCCAUGAUGGGCAAUCAUCCUGCCAACCACAUGAUUAGUCAGUAUCCACUUAGCAAUUCACAAAAACCUUUCUUUUUCUUCCAACACCAAAACUAUCCACCCUCCUCAUCAGUACCACAAUCCCCAUCGAAUUUAAUUCCAUCUCCUCCACAUCACCAAUCACCAUCCCCAACUCCACAAUAUCAAUCUCCCUAUAGCCACUCUCCUCCCCCUUCCUUAUCUUCAUCUGAUCAAACAACAGGAUCCACUAAUAAUAAUUCUAAUAACUGCCCUACUCAAAAUGAUAAUAACCACCAACAACAAAACAAUGUAAAUCAAAAACAUUUUGUUAAUUCACCAACACAAAAUGGUAACAAUACCUCUCCAAAUCACUCGCAAUAUGAAAGGUCUACUGGUUUUCAUCAUCACUCCCAUCAAUCUUUACCAAUCCAACCAGAAGCCUAUGAAAUCUAUCAUGGUUAUGAACCAUUCUGUGCAUCUAACCAAAACUCUUAUUAUUCACAAAAUGUAGUUAUGGUUCCAGUUUUAUAUCCAUACCCUUAUCCACAAGAUCCUCAUUCUUCAAAAUAUUACCAAUCCAUGUACCCAUGCUAUAAUAGAUACUAUCCACACCAAAGAGCUAUCAAUGUUAUUUCUUACCCACCAGGAACACCUUUUGAAUCCUCUCCAGCAAUAUUAUCAAACUAUUCAACCAAUAGAGUUUCAAAAGCAAAUAGCUAUAGCCAUAAUCAUAACCACAGCCACAAUCAUUAUAAUAACCACAACAAUAACAGAAGUUUAAAUAAUGAUGGUAAUGAACAAAACAAUGGUGAUAGUAAUAAAAAAGAUCUUUCACAAUAA